UAUUCCUACAUAUUCUAUAGUCUAUAUUUUAUAUUCUAUAUUCUAUAUUCUGUGUUUUGUAUAGUAGUAUACUGUAUUCAUAUUUUAUGGUCCACACUUAUAUUCAGCUAAAUAGAACAACAGCACCAAACCGGAGAGCGACAGCGGAACAGCCGACGCCAGCACCCUGAAAAAGCUUCGCGCGGCAAGUCCGCUUAUCUCCCUGCCCACCGCCUGGAUUAGUCUGUGCCUGGAUUAGUCUGCGCGUUGUAUAAGUAUGGACGAGGACGUGCUUUGUGCUGGUGUGGAUUGUAAAGAUGGAGGACGAGAAGAACGUGAUUGUGAGCUCGACUGAGCAGGAAGGUAGUGCACAGGAUGUUGGUGAACAGAAGCCAGAAGCAAACAAAGAACUGCUCGAGGACCAGACAAAUCUGCUCCCGUUCGGCCAGCUGAUAUCGGUCUUUGCAGCGAUAUGUCUCUCGCUCUUUGUGUCUUACAUCGACCAGUCGUCGCUCGGAAACAUGCUGCCCACAAUCGGCCGCGACCUCAACGCCGAGACGACGAUCUCGUGGGCGGCCACCGCGACGAUGAUUGCAAACACGACCUUUCAGGUGCUGUAUGGCCGGUUAUCAGACAUCUUUGGGAGGAAGUAUAUUUUUCUGUCGGCGGUGCUGCUGCUGUUUGUCGCGGAUUUACUCUGCGGGUUUGCAAAGACUGCCGCGCAGUUCUACGUCUUUCGCGGGUUCAGCGGUAUCGCUGCGGGCGGGAUUAACGCGCUCGCGAUGAUCCUCGUCUCGGAUAUCGUCACGCUGCGGCAGCGCGGCAAGUAUCAGGGAUUCAUCGCGACCACGAUCGGGAUCGCAAACACGGUCGGUCCGUUUAUCGCCGCGGGCCUGAUCGACCACGCGAACUGGCGCGUGCUGUUUUACAUUGUCGCGCCGUGUGCGCUGGUGUCGAUGGUUGUCUCGUGGUUCAUCGUCCCGCUCAAGUUCACGCCGGGGGAUUAUAAGGCCAAGAUCCGGAAGGUGGACGGGCUGGGGAUCCUGCUGUCGUCGAUCGCGGUGAUUUUCAUCCUGAUACCCGUGAACAGCGGCGGCGUGGAGUGGGCGUGGAACAGCGGCUUUGUGAUUUCGUUUUUCGUGAUUGGCGGGCUUGCUGCGGUCGGGUUUAUAUACGUGGAGAAGAAAGUCGCGAGGCUGCCGAUGAUGCCGCUGCGGUUGUUCCACAGCAAGGUGCGGGCGGCGAUGUUUGUCCAGGUGUUUUUCACGGGCGCGGUGUAUUACGUGCAGAUCAAUUUCCUGCCGGUGUAUUUCCAGAACGCGCGGGGCUACUCGCGGAUGUUUUCGGCGGUGAUGUUGCUGGCGAUGGUAGUCCCGCAGGCGGUGAUGUCUACCUGCGCGGGGCUGAUUAUGUCGCGGACCGGCAAGUACGCGAUGAUUGUGCGGACGGGGUCGGUGCUGCUUGUAGCUGCGACGUCGAUCCAGCUCGGGAUCUACAACGACACGACGGCGUCGGGCGUGCUUGCGAUUCCGCUGGUUAUUCAGAGCCUGGGGAUCGGGUGCACGUUCCAGCCGGUGCUGGUUGCGUUGCAGGCGAACGCGCCGAAGGCUGAUCGGGCGGUGAUUGUGUCGGUGCGGAAUCUAGUGCGGUCGCUGGGCGCGGCGGUGGGUCUUGCGAUUGCGUCAGCGCUGCUGUCGAAUGUGUUGCUGGCGAACGUUCCCGAGGGGAUUCCGGCGGAGAUGCAGGCGGCGAUGGCGAGCUCUGUGUUUGCGGUGCCGGAUCUGAGCGGGAGCAGUGCGGAGCAGGUGAGGAGGGUGAGGCAUGCGUAUAUGGUUGCGCAUCGGGCGGUGUUUGCGUUUUAUGUGCCGAUGACGGUGGUGUCGUUUGUGCUGUCGUUUUUUGUGAAGGAGAAUGGGUUGGAGAGGCAGGAGGAGAGGAGUAGUGGUAAUGAGGUGAAGAAGGAGGAUGUAUGAGAUAUGAUAGUAGAGUAUGAUGGAGUAUUAUUAAAUAAUCAAAUAACUAGUAUAAUCAAAUA